GGGCCCCGUUGCAUAAAACUUUUGCCAGACUUAUUUUUGCCAUAGUUUUUCUAUGGCAAAAACCUUAGUUUUUUGCCAGAGUUUCAAAUUCGGCCAAAAUUUCAUGGCAAAAAAACUCUGGCAAACUUUUGCCAGAGUUUUUUAAUUUGCCAGAGUUUUUUAAGACUGAAUAAAUUUGGACGAGGAUGCAAGCCGAUAUCAGCCGAUAUCGCGAUCGGUAUCGCUCAUGUAUGCUGUCUGCUGAAGAAAAAAUGGAAACCCCAGUCAAACUGAAAAAGUCAAGAUACACUCUUGAGCAGUUGCAGUGUAUGUGCGACUUUGUGCGGAUCAAUCACACACGAUUGUUUGGUCAACCUUUGUCGCCAUGUGAAAGGGUUGCUGAAACAAGGAGAAAGGCGUGGGAGGAGCUGUCAGAGCAGCUAGCGGCUCUUGGCUGUCCAGGCCGCACAGCCUCCAACCUCAGGCAGUCCUGGAGCGAUUUGAAGAAGAAAGCCAACGAAUAUGCCAGGCAAAGAAAUAAGACUGGAGGAGGAACGUGCAAAAUUAAGCCCAAAAUGGAAAUGAUCUUGGCAGCGAUGCGGGACAAGGCAGUUUAUGGGAUCCGGGGCAUGGAGACCGAGACAGGGGCAUCAGAGAAACCGCUAUCACAAAAUACGGCAGCCUGUGCCAUGCUCGCUGAGAUGGGGAAUCCGGAGGAAGAGGAGGAGGUUGAGGAGGUGGUCGAGGAGACUGUGGUCAAGGAGGCAUCGAAGGAAGAGGGGGGUCAAGGAGGUCAUGCAGGACGCCAAGACGUCCAGCAUAAGAGAAGGUGUUCUGUGCGGUAUGACCAGCACACAGAAUACCAGGAGCGUCUGUUGCAAGUUCAGCAGGAGACGCUCAGAACGAAGCAAGCUAUGCUGCAAACAUUUAAUAACAUCCAUGAUGUUUUUAAAGAGAUCAGAAAUAGUUUGCAGCAGUUUGUUAAUGGACAUCAGUAGUGAUUCUGGACAACUAGGCCCAAAUUCAAAAAGGUGGUUUUUAAAACCAUUGGUUGAACCCAUGGAUGCAAGUUUCUUGUAUGAAUUAUGCUUAUUUGCCCUGCAUAGUAAUAAAUAUUCUAUGCUGAUGUGCGCUUAUGUCACAGUGCGCCAAAUUAAUGACCAUGGUUAAGGACGCUAGUUUUAUUCAUGAGUCCACUAUUUGAAGAGUGGACUCAUGGAUAACCAUGGCAACUGUCGUUAAUUUGGCACACUGUGACAAUAGAGAGCAUCAACCUUGGACCUUUUUUUAAUAAACGUAAUUUAUACAGGAAGUCUGCAUAAACCAUGGGUUCAUCCGAUGGUUUUAAAACUUACCUUUGUGAAUUUGGGCCUUUGUCUUUGAAUCAUUUUUGUUUGUAUGUAGCUACUGAUUCCAUUAACAACUACAAUAGCUUGCCUGUGUUUUGAGUUACUCUUGCUGAAUUUUACAGCACGCAUCAACAUUUUAUUGGUAUUCCACCUUUUCUUAUGCUGUUCUC